UCAGGAAAAGAAAUAAAGCCCUUGAUUAUCCACAAGUUAUAAAGCGAUCAAUCCGUGAAUUCUUGCUCAUUUCGAUUUCAGUCGUGCAUCUUUCGAUUCAUACCACAAGAAAAUUGCCCUUUCCUCCCCGGAAAUCUUUUUCUCAAAAAGUUAAUGGCAAGAUUCUAUUACGGAAGUUAAAGAUUUGUUACGAAAAUUGGAGUAAAUUUUUUGCUUAUGUACAUUGAAAUUGAGUAUAUCGGAUGGGGAAUCAUGUAAGAAUAUAAGAUUGCACCUCUCAUGUGUGGUAAUUCCUCUGGUAUUACCGAUGCGUCAUUAUGCAUCCGGGUGGUUAAAAGUAAAAGUGGAAAAAUUUUUGUGUAAGUGAUUGGAUGUGAAAUGUGGUGUUUAAUUGGAGAUUCAAUGAAAAUGACUGGAUUCUUUAUUAAUUUUCUGAUAAUUUUGAGCUUUCUUAGCUUUGUUCAAUCAUUACCGGCUACUAGUUUUGUGGUACCAGAUUAUCCACGACAACUUUCUCUAUUCACGCGUAAUGAACAAACUAAGGACGAGUUGUCAAACGUGAAAACGAACAAGGAUGACCUCGCAAAUUGGGCGAGUUACGCUGUCAGAGUUAUGGCCGCUAAGCUCAAUAACACAAUUUCAACUAUUAAGGACAAAGUGAAGAAAUCUAUUUCAAACGAUCAGGACGAGAAGAUAGAUGUUUUUUUCAACUCCGGGAAUUUUGUCAACAGAACAAAGAGUAAAAAUUUGGAUAAUUUCAAGAGGUACACUGCCCAGAAUCGUGGAUUGAACAAAACGGAAAAUUCCCAGAAGAAAGUGGGGGGAAAUACGACUAUGAGUGUUAAUAUUACUGGAGAAAAUUUAAAAAUUAACACCACUGGUAAUGUUGCAAAAAUGAAUAAGACUGGUGUAUCUGUUGUAGGAGCUAUUCCUUCGAAUAGUUCCGAACUUUUAAGGAAUGGAACAAUUUCGGAUGAGAAAAUGAAAUCGUUGAAGAUUGUACAGGCUGAACGAAGACACUAUCAGUUGCAUUCUAUUGGCGAUCCGAAUGUAAAUGGAGCUCAUUUUUCCCUUGCUGAUGAACCAAGAAAUUACCAGCCGGUUGUUAAUUAUCUUUCACAUCUGUUGGGUAACACUCACUACGAUCUGACUGGAAACAAAAUUCUCAUUCGUACUCCAGAUUAUUUUGCUGCGGCACCUACUCCCGCUGCCUAUAUUCCAGUACUUGUGCAGCAUCCAGGAUACAAUGACUAUCAGGAUAAAGUUGUGAAAAAUCAGUUUGGAGGUGAUGACAGCAAAAAAGGUAACGAACUGUCGGCACUGAAAUUGGCAGAACCUACGAAAAAUCCAGUAUCUGUUUCCGUAAUGACUGAACCUUCUGUAUCAUCUGUAACUUCUGUUCCUUCUUCACCUACUGUAUCUUCUGCACCUUCUGUUUCUUCUGAACCUUCAGUACCUUCUGUACCUUCUGUAUCAUCUGUAGAUUCUGUAGCUGCUGUUCCUUCUUCACCUGUUUCUCCUUUACUUUCUGUUUCUUCUUUACCUUCUGUAUCAUCUGUUUCUUCUGGACCUUCUACAUCAUCUGUAGCUUCUGUUUCUUCUUUACCUUCUGUAUCUUCUAUACCUUCAGUAUCUUCUGUACCUUCUGUAUCAUCUCUACCAACAGUAUCCUACAUACCUACUGUUUCUUACGUUUCUUCUGUUCCAAAAGUUUCUUUUGCUCCUUCUGUUUCUUUUGCACCUUCUGUAUCUUCUGUUCCUACUGUUUCUUUUACUCCUUCUUUACAUUCUGUAGCUGUACAUUCUUUACCUGCUGUAACUUCUGUACCAACUUUACCAACUUUACCUUCUGCAACUUCUGUACCAUCUUUACCUUCUGCAACUUCUGUACCAUCUCUACCUUCUGCAGUUUCAGUACCAUCUUUACCUUCUGUAGUUUCAGUACCAUCUUUACCUUCCGUAGUUUCUGUGCCUUCUGUAAAUUCUGUACCUUCUAUUUCUUCUAUACCGUCUGUUUCUUCUGUAGCUCCUGUUUCUUCUGUAGCUUCUGUUUCUUCUGUACCUCCCACUACUUCAACUUCUUCGCCGAAGUCAGAUGUUGAGUACGUGACAAAACCGAUAAAAUUAAUAGACGCCAACUCCAGAGAUGGUGUUAGAGCAUCGGAAGGAAUCAGACCAAUUAUAUCCGUACCAUUCGAGGCUAUAAUUACAAUAACAAGAGAUCAUAAUCAUCAUCAUCAAUAUUCGUCAACGCCACAAAAAAUUGAGUUGAUAACUCCAUUAACCCCCACAGCAUCAUCUCUACCAAUUACUUCACCAAUUUCUCUAAAUCAGAAUUUAAGAAAUUAUUACGAAAUCGUAACUAGAGAUCCACCAGAUAUUUUCCCUCCUUACUUUAAUACAAACAAUACUUCUCCAGAGGGAAUGACUCAAAAUGUCAUUAAUGACAAGGAUGGAAAAAAUUAUGACGACAAAAAUCAGUUUAAGCAAGAGAAGAAGAAAGACUUCAAUAGUCAGAAUAAAAUUAAGAAUAACAUUAAUGAUAACAAUAUAUCGAAUGAAUCGAGUACGGUGAAUGUUGUAUCUGAAAAUGAAAUACCAAAGAAGGAGAAGAAAAAAAUUGUCAAUAAUAGCGAUAGUUUUAAACAGAAUAAAUUUUUGGAUGAUGAUUUCAAUGAUGAUGAUUUUGACAAUUUUGAUAAUUUUGAUGAUGAUGAUUUUGAUUUUGAGAAUUCAAAGAAGAAGGAUAAAUCGAAAAAAAGACAGACAUCGGUUUUUAAGCAACUUCUACAAAUUUUAGGCUUUUCGAAAAAGAAAAGUCGUGAAAAUAAUACAGUUGAUAUUCAAAUAUCGACUACUCCGGUUUUUAAAGUCUUCACUGCAAACCGACUUCCUGGAGCAAAAUUCGAAAAUACACCAUCAAAUCGCGGUCGAAGAAAUCAAACUGCAAUUAAUAAUGAUGUGCCAGAUAAUCCAAAUCCAGAGGAAAAUGAAGUUAUUCCGUCAGUUGAUGACAAGCAAAAGAAGAGUAAUGAUACUUCAGAGAAACAAGAAUUUGACGAUGAUGAUGAAGAAGAAGGAUCUUUAGGUUCGAUUACAGAUCUUCUGCCAUUGGUUAUACCUGUUCUUGAGGAUUUGAGUGAUCCAGAGUCAGAUACAGAUUUAGCGGAAUUAUUGGAAGGUGCAAUACCAUUGCUUCAAGGACUAUCAGAAGGUGAAAAUGAUGAUGGUACGCCAAUUGAUGUCACAGCGACAAUUUCACCUGUUAUUCAAGCCAUAAGUGCUGGUAAAGGGGGAGGGGACAGUGACAGUGGAGCGAUUUUAACACCAAUUAUAACAAUCGCAGCACCAUUUAUUGGGCCCAUUUUGGGUCCAUUAAUUGGACCACUAUUAAGAUCAAGCAGCAAUCCUCAUAGUGAAGGAUCUUCGGUGACUGCUUUUAUUCAAUCAAUUUCUGCUCCACUCAGUAAGCCAACAGAACCCGGUGGUAUGUCACCUCUCUCACAGCUCGUUGCUGGAAUUGUUGCUGGCUUAAGCAGAGAAUCGAGUACAGGAGGUGCAGGUUCGGAUAUUGGGGCUUUGAUUUCGUCUGUUGUUUCCGGUACAUUGGCUGGUACCAGUGCAGGACUUAGUGGAGGGUCAAGUAAAGGGUCAGGUCAUUCACCAGCGCCACCUAAACCCGAUUCUUAUGGUGCUUACGCACACUAUGGUCCAGCCACUGUGCCGGCGAGUUCGGUGAAUACUUUGCAACUACUUGGCAGUACGCUGAAGGAUAUUUUCGGUGCUAGUGGGACAAUAGUUACAUCACUUCUCGGUGGUGCGUCGGGACUUCUUGGAGCAUCGUCUGCGGGCUCUUCUGCUGAAGAACCGCAACCCGCUUAUGGACCACCGCCAGCCUAUGGUCCACCAAAUUAUAAACCCCCGCCCCUCAUUAAUCCUCCCGCUGGUCUUAAACCUCCUCCCCUACCAGUUAAAACUCCAACUAAACCCUCGAAGAAUAAUUAUAAUCGACCACAAUAA